UUAACAGCAUCAAAUAUUUUAUCCAAGAAGUGCCAAACAGUGGUCGCUUUGGUGUUGCAUUUGGGUGAGAACGGUUUUAUCUGGACAGCUCUAACACCCCCCUCAUAAUUCAAAUAGAACAGGUGUCCCAUUGAAAAGAUGUCACGAAGAAAAUUACCAAUAGCUUGAAGUUUUAUGUAUUCAUACGGCUUCUAAAGUUUUCCUAUUAUUCCUCUUAAAAUGGUGACAGAAGGACUUACGAAUCUUUCCCAAGAGCUGCAGCAACGUGCAGUUGGUUUGGUAGUCUUGGAAAGUGCUCUUAUGAUACUCAUCAACAUACUGGCCUUUACAGGUAACAUGCUGGUAUGCUUGGCUGUGUAUCGUAAUCAAAGACUUCGCAUCAUACCGAACAUCUACGUCGUGACUCUGGCCAUAUCAGAUGCUCUGAUGGCAGCCCUCUGUAUGCCUAUGUCUGUGGUUCUUCUCACAACAGGACAGUGGCCAUUUAACAGUGCUGUUUGUCAUUUCCAAGGAUUCUUUUGUUUCUUCUGCGCGCUGAACUCUUUGUUGCUUAUGACUGCAACGGCGGUGAACCGAUAUUUUCGCGUGGUGAAACCCACCCUUUAUCGUCAGCGUUUUAAAGUAAAAUCAACGUUUAUUUCUGUGGUUGCCUUGACCCUUUUCGCUGCUCUUGGUGCAGGACUUUCAUCGAUGACUCAAUGGGCCACAUUUACCGUGCAUUACGGUAAAGUUAUUUGUUUUAUGGAAUUUGAGACACCGCACCUGGACAUGGCUUACAUGGCGUAUUUGGAUGUUAUCUACAUUUCUGUUCCUAUUGGAAUCAUCACCUUCGCGUAUUACAAGAUUUUUAUAACCAUCAAACAACAUAAUCAGGAGAUGAACAUUACUAGAAAAGAGGCGAAUCUUCGAUUGAAUGUGGAGGAAGUGAAAAUAACAAAGGCAUUAUUCGCAGCUGUGCUGGGUUUUAUUCUCUGUUGGGGACCUAUAGCUAUUAUUGACAUGGUUGAUUCCUUCUCUGCACAUAAACUUGCUAUUCCACGACAGGUUUUCAUUUUAUACAUAUAUCUUGGCUUUGGAAGUUGUACCAUUAACCCUGUUAUAUAUGGAGUUAUGAAUAGAGCGUUCAGAGCAGAAUUCUUGCGUGUUUUGAAUUUCUGUAGAAGAAAGAACGAAAUUGCUCAACAUGGCUGAGCCUCUAACAUUAGCACAUAAUCUGCUUCGCAGCGAUCUACAUUUGUGUUGCAAAGUGACAAGCGGAGGAAAAAUCCAGAAUUAAUGUGACCCGCGUUAAUAAAAAUCUUUACGGAAGAAAAAGUAGUUUUAACAGUGUGAUUGAGUGCCGUCCAAGGAAACAAAAUUCAUGUUUACAUAAAAACAUUCUGAGGGUUAAUUUACACCGUGUAUUUUUUUUAAAAUUGCUUCUUAUGCUAUUU